GAAAUCCGAGAAGAAGAAAGAGUCGCAAAUCCAAGAAAUCAGAGAAACAGUCACAAAAAACGGAAGAAGUGAGAUCCGAGGAAGAAGACGAAGAAGAAGAAGAAGAAAGAGGACAGGGAAGGAAACGCAAAACUUACCUCGAGUUACCGGAGAAUCGGCGGUAGGGUUUUUUCACUGUUACGCGGCUAGGCUACCUCCCCUACCUUCGUCUCCCUUCCCCGAUUUGAUUCCCCAAACAAGGUAGCUUCUAAAUCUCACCUCACCCUACCUUCACCUAAGUAAUCAAGAAACCGCGUUUGGCAAUCGAAGGGUUUGGCAAUCAUGUGUGACAAUAUGCACAUGAUUACCAUGCUCUCAUCCAGAACAUCAAUGAAGAAUAAGAAGAAGGCUAGUGCUCUUUCAGUUAACAAGCUACUACACGAUGCACGAUGCAUCAGUAUUUGCAUUCAAAUACUGAGCAAUGCUGGCCUAAUAACAGACUUCGGGGAUGAAGUCUAGAGCUGGGGGCUCGUCCAUGGAGAUUUGAAUCUUUUUCUGUGCCAAGAGUUGGAAGAUUCUAAGGUCCCAAUCUUUUCCAGGGUAGCGCCAUAUGAGGGAAAAUACAUCCCCAAGGUUGAGUGCCAUAUUGGGGGUAGUCACGGAUUUAUUAUGCGCUUCUAUCGUUCCCUUGUACAUCUGAAGGUAACUCUUGAGAACUUUAGGGUCCUGCAAUGGUUAUAUAGAAAUGCAAUAUGUAUUAAGAGGAUGGGAAAAUGUAUUAAGAGGAUGGAAAAAUGUAUAUAGAGCAAUUUAAUAUAGCAAACAUGGUUUGGCAAUCAUGUGUGACAAUAUGCACAUGAUUACCAUGCUCUCAUCCAGAACAUCAAUGAAGAAUAAGAAGAAGGCUAGUGCUCCUUCAGUUAACAAGCUACUACACGAUGCACGAUCAAUGGUUGAAGCCAUAGAGAAGACGGGGAAGCAGGUCCUACUUUUAUACGUACGUAGGGAGUCUAACGCACUUGCUGAUUUCCUCUCCACCAAUUAUGUCACCGCUGGUGCUCCAAAACUCACCAAGUACCCUCAACCCAAAGGCCAAACUAGCACAUACGAUCAGAUUGAUAGGCUAGCACAAGAUGACAUAGAGGGCACAUUGUUCUUUGAUGAGGAUCAGAUCGAUAGGCUAGCACAAGAUGACAUAGAGGGCACAUUGUUCUUUGUUGAGGAUCAGAUCGAUAGGCUAGUACAAGAUGACAUAGAGGGCACAUUGUUCUUUGUUGAGGAAGAGCGUGCUAAAAUGCACAAGGUGUGUGGCCUCCCCGGCGUGAAAUUUGUGAGAAAAAAGAGGAUACCGGAGGAGGCAUGAGGAGGUGGUGAGCUAUUAUGUGUGAAGAUCAAGUAUACAACUUACACAAUUUCGAGAAGUAAUUAAUGCAGUCUCUGUUA